AUUGCCUUUCCAUCCAAAACCCUGUCUGUUCUUGACAAAAAUGGCGACCACUCUGUUAGCUUCAUCCCAACCCAGCUUUCACCACCCAAUCUCAGUCUCGGACUCAUCAUUUCCAUGUCCUUCUUCUUCAGCUUCAGCUUCAUCAUCAGUUUCUCUCUUUACUCUCACAAAGCCGCGAAUCCCUUCUUUCAAGUCCAGUUUCUUGAACCCAAUUGGGAACAGUUUCAAGUACAUUGAAAUGGAACCAAGCAAAAGGAGCAUCAGUUCACUAACAGUUCGAAUGUCAUGGGACGGUUCACUUUCUUCAGUCAAACUGAUCAUACAGGGCAGAAAUCUGGAGUUAACAGAUACAGUUAAGCAGCAUGUGGAGGAGAAGGUUGGUAAGGCAGUUCAGAAGCAUAGUCAUCUUGUGAGAGAAGUCGAUGUUAGGUUGUCUGUUCGAGGUGGAGAAUUUGGGAAAGGUCCCAGGAUACGAAGAUGUGAGGUAACUUUGUUUACAAAGAAGCAUGGAGUGGUUCGAGCAGAAGAAGAUGCUGAGACGGUAUAUGGGAGUAUAGAUUUGGUGUCCUCGAUUCUACAAAGAAAGUUGAGGAAGAUUAAGGAGAAAGAAUCAGACCAUGGCCGCCACAUGAAAGGCUUCAAUAGAUCAAAAGUCAGAGAGCCAGUGGCAGUAGUAGUAGAUGACGAUGUUGAGGCGGAUACUGAGCAAGUAGCAGUAGAUGAUGAUGUCGAGGCAGUUCCUGAGCAGGAGGAUGAUAGCUUUAUAGAUGAGAUUGUUCGUACAAAAUACUUUGAAAUGUCACCACUGACAGUCUCUGAAGCAGUUGAGCAGCUUGAAAAUGUUGAUCAUGACUUCUAUGCUUUCCGCAAUGAAGAAACCGGUGAGAUUAAUAUUUUAUACAAAAGGAAAGAGGGAGGAUAUGGACUUAUUAUACCUAAAGGAGAUGGUAAAGCUGAGAAAUUAGAGCCAUUGGUAGUCGAAUCUGCCAAUUAGCACUCUUUCAUGGAAUAAGUUGUCUCAUUUUGUGAGACAGGAAGAUAUCAAUCAUCUGUAGAUUUUCAUGGCAACACUAGAGAUGAAGAUCAAUCAAGGCAUGUAGAGAGACAUAGUACAAGGUUUAAGAUUAGGUUUAUGAUUCUGAGGAAGACAUUGUAUCAUUACCAUGCAAUCUAUAUAAUAUUACAUAUAUCUUAAUUUGCUCAAUUUUCACUCUUUUGAUAAAUUGGAUUUGAACCUGCCUUUUUCUGCCUGCGUAUUUGCUGAGUUAUGCAGGUUGUAGGGUACCCUAGAUUUU